AUGAAACACUUCUCAAAUGCUAUAAUUCUCACCGUUUCCAUCAUUUUUCUAUUAAUUUUCGGUGAAAUUGUGAAUUUCCAUCAAUUUUCGUUCAAUUCACCCGAUUUUAGUAGAGAUUCUCGAGAUGUUUUAGAAUUUAUCGCACCAUUUCAAUCGAUUCUAUCGGAUUAUUUGGUAAUUUUUAGCGUUUUUGCCACGUCAUAGCAAAAAAAUUGUAGACCUCCCCAAGUUAUGGCAUCACGACGUGUUCAAUUCGAAAAUCAAUGUCAAAAAUGAUGUUCAAUACAAUGUGCCUGUUAUAUGAUUCGGAGAAUUUUUUGCGCGGCGGGAAAUAUAAGAGGUGCGGUAGCCGCGACGCAACCGCAACGCGUUUAAAAAUUAUUAAUUUCUCUUCAGAUGCUCCUACUCGGACCCGAAUUUUGCGGCUCUCUCGAAAAACUUUACAACUUAUCCCAAUUUCACGAAUGUGGUUUUCAUACGAGAUCCAUUCGACCGAUUUUUGUCGUUGUAUUUGGACAAAUGUGUGAGGUAAACGGCCCAGGCUUCAGGCUUCAAGGGCUGGACCUUAAAUCAGGCUUAAACCCGGCCGCUGCGCGGAAGAUUCCGGUUACCACUUGCGCAGAGGGCUCGGGCUUAGACCCGGCCGCUUUGCGGAAGAUUCCGGUUUACACUCGCGCAGAGCGCUCGGGCUUCAAGAGUCGGACUUUAACUCGGGCUUAGACCCGGCCGCUUUGCGGAAGAUUCCGGUUUACACUCGCGCAGAGCGCUCGGGCUUCAAGAGUCGGACUUUAACUCGGGCUUAGACCCGGCCGCUUUGCGGAAGAUUCCGGUUUACACUCGCGCAGAGCGCUCGGGCUUCAAGAGUCGGACUUUAACUCGGGCUUAGACCCGGCCGCUUUGCGGAAGAUUCCGGUUUACACUCGCGCAGAGCGCUCGGGCUUCAAGAGUCGGACUUUAACUCGGGCUUAGACCCGGCCGCUUUGCGGAAGAUUCCGGUUUACACUCGCGCAGAGCGCUCAGGCUUCAGGCUUCAAGGAUGGGACCUUAGAUUGGGUCUUAAAGCCCGAGCGCUCUGCGCGAGUGUAAACUGGAAUCUUCCGCGCAGCGGCACUGUCUUCCGCAAAGCUGCCGGCCUUAAGCCUUAGUGAAAGGUCCAAUCCUUGAAGCCUGAAGCCCGAGCGCUCUGCGCGAUUGUAUACCGCAUGCUUCCGGGCCUAAGCCUAGGCUUGUUCGGACCCAAAAUGCUCCAAAUUUUCCUCAUCGCAGACAACACAAAUGCUUCGAUUGUAACGAAGAUAUGAGAUGUGUGGUUCGAGAGAUCUACAAUUCCCUAAAACAGCGAAAAUCCGCGUCAUUCAUGGAUUUACACAGUGCUCCAAGCUCUUGGUUUUGUGAUUUCGAAAAUUCAAUGAAAACAUACGAUUUGCUGAUAAUUGGAAGUGAUUUAGAGGAGAGAAAAGUUCCCGCGUUGAAAUUUUCGAAAAUUUUGGAAGAUAAAGGUGUUCCAAGAGAGUUGAUUAGGAAAAUUGUUGGAGAUUUGUUGGGUAAGUCAAGUCUAGCCAUGUUUAUAUUCAAAAUAAUCGAUUUUUUCUCUAGUUGGCGAAACUGAACAUAGCACUCAUAGAUCAAAACGUCGAAAAAUCGCAGCUCAACAAAUCAGGCAAGAUCCGAUAGUUCGAGAAUAUUUGCAUAAAAUAUAUUUGAAUGAUUAUUUGAUAUUUCCACAAUUCAAUCGAUCACAUUUGGAUCAAAAAUAUCAACAAGACGAUUUUGAUUUGGUACAAUUACAAAUUUCAAGCAAAUUUUGAUUUUUCAUGUGAAGUUAUCAAAUUGCCACCUCAUCUUGCUCGUGAAUAAAUUAAAAAACAAUUUAUUACAAAAAAAAAACAAAAAUUAAGGAUUUUUCUUCAUUAAUUUUUGGUAUACCACUUUAGUAAAUUCGGCCCCUGGUGGAAAAAGUUCCCCACCCAUGGGGCUUACUAAGAAAAAAAAUUGGGCCGAUUCUGAGAUCAUGACUUUUUCUUUGUCCGGUGGGUUUUGCAGUCUUACUAGGAGUGUCUUUUAAUACUUUUCCUCGAACUUCAAAUCAGCAGAAAUCUGGAUGUUUCUCUUUUCUCAAAGAAAAACAGCCAACAAAAACAGGCGGCGGGUGAGAAAAAAAGAAGUGAUCACGUGAUAAUUGAUUCUUUCAACGGCCUAGGUCACGUUUCUCAUGUGA